AGAUCACGUGUAUCAAUGAAAGAAUAUUUUUCCUACAGACUCUCAGUAAGAGACGAGUUUAAUCCAUUAAUCAAUGCAGGAAAGCUAACUCAACAAUACAUAGUUGAUGUUUAUGUUCGAGCAGAAACAAAUGAUCUCCAGUGGAUUAAAAACAACCAACCUGCACUGCGGGCCGAUAACUACAAGUCGCUGAUGGAGUACAUAAAUCGUGAUGCGGACAUGGUAGAUCACCCUGCUGGAAAAGCGGUUAUUUUACCAUCUAGCUUUCAAGGCAGCCCACGUAAUAUGCAGCAGCAUUACCAAGAUGCAAUGGCUAUAGUUAGAAAGUUUGGCAAACCUGAUCUAUUUAUCACUAUGACUUGCAAUCCUAAAUGGAAAGAAAUUACAAAUAAUCUUAUGCCAUGGCAAAAAGUGGAACAUCGUCCUGAUUUAGUUGCAAGAGUCUUUAGACUCAAACUAAAUAACUUUCUGGAGGAUAUCAAGAUAAAAUCUCUAUUUGGGACUGUUAAAGCAAUUAUCCAUGUUAUAGAGUUUCAGAAGAGAGGUUUGCCACACGCCCAUAUUUUGCUAAUCCUUGAUGAUUAUUCCAAAAUUCGCACAGAGGAUGACAUCAAUAAAAUAGUAAAAGCUGAAAUUCCAGACCGUGACAAUUCUCCAUGUCUCUUUCAAAUUGUUAUCAGAAAUAUGAUCCAUACACCAUGUGGCAAUACAAAUCCAAACAGUCCAUGUAUGGUGAAUGGCAAAUGUUCUAAGGGCUUUCCCAAAGAUUUCCAAGAAGUUACACUUGGAAACGUGAACGGAUAUCCUAAGUAUAUGAGAAGACAGACAAAUGAAUUGCAAGUUGUACCGGGUCGUCCAAUUGACAAUACCUGGGUGGUACCAUACAAUCCUUAUUUAUGUUUACGAUACAACUGCCAUAUAAAUGUUGAAAUCUGCGCUACAGUAAAAAGCGUUAAGUAUUUAUUCAAAUACGUUUACAAGGGCCAUGAUUGUGCUGAUGUUUCAGUGUCUGAAACAAAUGAUCAUGAUGAGACUCGAAUGUAUGUGGAUUCACGGUACGUCAGUGCUCCAGAAGCCAUUUGGAGAAUAUUUGGCUUUCCAAUGCACGCUCAGAGCCACACCAUUUGUCGGUUGCUGGUUCAUUUGGAGGACAAGCAAAAUGUCUGUUUUCGAGCGGGGAAUGAAGUCCAAGCAGCAGAGAGAAGAGCUAGAAGAGAUACUAAACUUACUGCGUGGUUUAAGCUCAAUCAAGAAGAUCAAGAUGCUUACCAGUGGAAGUAUUGGGAAAUUCGCGUUCACUAUGUUUGGGUUGACAAUGGUACUUUCUGGAAAAAAUGA